GCUGCCGCCGCCGCAGCCCGGCUCCGGGGCUGACAAGCAGGUGACAGAGGAGCCGGCGCGCGUGGCUGCGAGUGCCCGGGAGAACGCGGCGCGGACUGCAGCGCCCCGGCCCGCCCGCACGACGCCGGGGCCCGGGGCCAGCGCGUCGGCGCUCCACGCUCGCCGGGGGCGGCCCGCGGCCCCUGCCGCAGCCCCAACCCCGCGGGGGCCGCGCCUCCCCGGCUCCGGGGCCGCGGCGGCGGCGAGCGGGCAGGCGGGCGGGCGGGCGAGCACCCUGGCCGGCGGGGCCCAAGGCGCGCCCCGCGUCCCAUGGAUAUAGCAACAGGUCCCGAGUCGCUGGAGAGGUGCUUCCCCCGCGGGCAAACGGACUGCGCCAAGAUGCUGGACGGCAUCAAGAUGGAGGAGCACGCCCUGCGCCCCGGGCCCGCCACUCUGGGGGUGCUGCUGGGCUCCGACUGCCCGCAUCCCGCCGUCUGCGAGGGCUGCCAGCGGCCCAUCUCCGACCGCUUCCUGAUGCGAGUCAAUGAGUCGUCCUGGCACGAGGAGUGUUUGCAGUGCGCGGCGUGUCAGCAAGCCCUCACCACCAGCUGCUACUUCCGGGAUCGGAAACUGUACUGCAAACAAGACUACCAACAGCUCUUCGCAGCCAAGUGCAGCGGCUGCAUGGAGAAGAUCGCCCCCACGGAGUUUGUGAUGCGGGCGCUGGAAUGCGUGUACCACCUGGGCUGCUUCUGCUGCUGCGUGUGUGAGCGGCAGCUGCGCAAGGGCGACGAGUUUGUGCUCAAGGAGGGCCAGCUGCUGUGCAAGGGGGACUACGAGAAGGAGAAGGACCUGCUCAGCUCCGUGAGUCCCGACGAGUCCGACUCUGUGAAGAGCGAGGACGAGGACGGGGACAUGAAGCCAGCCAAGGGGCAGGGCAGCCAGAGUAAAGGCAGUGGGGACGACGGGAAAGACCCCCGGAGGCCCAAGCGACCCCGGACCAUCCUCACCACGCAGCAGCGAAGAGCCUUCAAGGCCUCCUUCGAGGUGUCCUCCAAGCCCUGCCGAAAGGUCCGAGAGACGCUGGCGGCAGAGACAGGCCUCAGCGUGCGUGUGGUCCAGGUGUGGUUUCAGAACCAAAGAGCCAAGAUGAAGAAGUUGGCGCGGCGGCACCAGCAGCAGCAGGAGCAGCAGAACUCGCAGCGGCUGGGCCAAGGUGAGCCGGGACCAGGGCGACAGGGCCCAGGCUCAGCCUCUGAGGUCCUGUCCAGUCGCAUGGAGGGCAUGAUGGCCUCCUACACGCCAUUGGCCCCACCCCAGCAGCAGAUUGUGGCCAUGGAGCAGAGUCCCUACGGCAGCAGCGACCCCUUCCAGCAGGGCCUCACGCCGCCCCAAAUGCCAGGGAACGACUCCAUCUUCCAUGACAUCGACAGCGAUACCUCCUUAACCAGCCUCAGCGACUGCUUCCUCGGCUCCUCGGACGUGGGCUCCCUGCAGGCCCGCGUGGGGAACCCCAUCGACCGGCUCUACUCCAUGCAGAGUUCCUACUUCGCCUCCUGAGAGCCAGCCGGCCGCUUGGACGCUUGGGCCAGGGUCCUGGGAGGGGGGGGCCUGCGGCCGCCAGGGCCAGCCCCACCGCCCGCACAGACUCUACACACAGCCAUACGGUGCCCUUCCCCGGGCCGGCCGGGCAGGCAGACGGGCGCAGCCUGGGCAGGGCCGCGUCCUGCCGGCAGAGACCGUGUCACCCCAGGGACCCAGAGUCUCGGAAAGCCGCUCGCCUCCCAGCCCCACCUCGGCCUCCAUCGCCUCCUUCCCCCUCCCCAUCUCUUUUUUGGGAAGCUUAAAUUCUCUCUAUUUUUUUAAACGUCCUCUCUGUGUCCAGCCAACUUCCAGGGGCCGGGCCUAGGUCCAGGCAAGCCCCCCUCCCCCCUGCCACCGCCCCAGCAUGCCCCAAGGCGACCAUGUUGUGUGCGGCGCGUGUCACCUGCGAGGGCGCGUCCCUGUGCGCGGGGGUCAUGCCCAGCUCCCCCACCUCCGAGAGCCAGCCCGCCAGCCUGGGUUCACCCGUCCCAGUCCGAAUCUGGAACAGGAGUGGGGAAGAGCCUGGCAGGUGUGCGCAGCCCACCUCGGCUCCGCCCUGAGGGGGAGUCCCCGGAGAGGGUAGAUGAGCCUCACUUGCAGACGCACCCAGCCCCCAACGGCCAUGCGGAUCCGUGCGCAGGUACACAGACAAGCUGAAGAGACACAGAGGCGCUCUGGGGGCCAGCCCUGCCACGUCAGGAAGGGGACAGAAGCCAGACCGGGGCAGGGACCCCAUCUUCUUACAGCAAUAGGGGAGAAGGAAGGAGGGGGUGGGAGGGAGGGGGGAGUUUGGGGCUUGAAACACGUGGAUGCAGGUGUAUCCUAGCCUCAGCCUACACGGGGGGCUGCCUGGGCAGGCAGGGCAGAGACGGGGCCCCAGAAGCAGGUGGGACAAAUGGCAGAACCUCCAGGCGGAAAGGGACCUCCCGAGUCACCCACUUGGCCCAUCAUCUACCCGAAGCUUGGCUCCCUCUGCCUCUCACAUACCUCCCGAGGCAGAGAGCCCGCUGCUUCGUCCCGCCCCGGGCCAGCUGCCCCUCUCUGCUGCUUUGGCCUCUGCCUCUUUGAGCCCCAAGUCUUCACUUCUCAAAGCCAGGCUCUCCCAGUCUCUCCGGCUCUCUCUCCUAAAUCUGUACCCUCAACUGGGCUCCAGCUUUCAAUCUAAAGGUGGAACAGAUGUAACCCAAUCUCCCCACGGUAUCAGCCAGCUACCUCCCCCACUUUAGGUGCCCUGCCUCUGUUAAUGUGGCCCAAAAUGAGACCACAUUACCUGGAAACUCACUGUAAUUGGAUCCCUGACCCUCACACACAUGACUGAAGGGCCACAGGGCCCUCCGGUGUGUAUGUGGGGGAGCGGCACUUCUUGUUUAGAUCCCGCAAAGGACCUUGGUUUUUUUACUUGCCGCAUUUCUUCUUCCUUAAUUCAGUCUGGCCUGUGGAGUUUCUCUGCACCCCCAGCUCUGUGACCCUGGCUUUCUGUCCCUGUCAUGUCAGGAGUCAGCCCUGCGCUUCGCACCCAAGGCACAUGACUGCCUGCACCUCUCCUGUCCGGUGUGGGCCCGUGAACCAGUCCUCCUUGGAGGCCGCGUCCUAGGGCACAUCCAGCCCCAUUUUGUCAGAUGCCCCGCGGGAAGCCAGACGGGCUGCCUAAGCCCCCAGCCCGGAUCCACUCAGCUCCGACCCUGCCAAAAGAGGGAGUGAGGUCGGGCUGAUGGGUCCUGUUCUCGAUGACCCCUCUCUGGCCUCUGGUGGCCGCUGUGUCCUCCGCCAGGUGCUCAGAGCCCUGCCUGUAAUUCUGACACCAAGCCCUAGGCUGCCACCCUGAGAUUUGCCUGGCCCAGUUUCUGAGCGAAUAGGACAGUGGGCGUCUCUCUCCGCCUUUGGUCCCCUCCGCCCGGCCCCCUCUGGGUUUCUCCACGCUCGCCAGCCUGCUCCGUGCGUUGGCUCCUCUGUCUAGAGUGGAGAGCCGGAGGCUGCUCCAAAGUGUCCUGUGCUCUUCCCCAGGGCUGUCAGCGGGGCGAGGCGGCUCAGCCUGGCCCUGCCUCCGUGUACCACAUGAAGUCCCACAGGGAUCUCAGCCGCUGUUCUCGGUUUUCUGCAACCUUAGCCCACCUGGGCGCUGUACCAUCUCUUGUCCUGGGCCACCAGGGGUCCCUUAAGCAGCCACACUGGUGUCUUGAGAGAUGCUCCCCUUCCUCCUCUUGUGCUCACAUGGUCCAAAUCAUUCUGGGGGUGCUUGGGGCGGGCCUGGGGCAGCACCCCCCCCGCCACCAGGGGCCCUGGUCCUUCUCUACCAGACUCUUUCAGUCAGAAGGAAGCUCAGAAAUGGGCAUCUGGUCCACUCCCUUUAUCCCAGCCUGGAAAGCCCGGCCUAGGGAGGAGAGGGAGAAGGGACACCGUGCCACCCCCUCAUCUUCUUGGUCUGGUGAAUGGCCUCGAGGUCGGGGGGCAUCAUCUGUCUUGCCAGCCCACCUGGGGCCUCACAACCUCCCAAGUCCAGCCCAGGCUCUGCCCUCACUGUGCACUGCUCCUUGCGGGGCGCUGGUUCAUAGACGCCCACACUCACGUCCCACGGAUGGUCAAAGCCGGAGAGACUUCGGAGUGUCCGGUCGGCCAGAGACGCCCCAUCAGCCGUGGUCAGGUGACGGCCGUGUGCUGCGGCUCACUGUCCUCUGUUCCCUCAGGCUCCCCCAAACAUCCGCUGUCCACCCUGCCCAGCCCCGGAUGGGCCGUGGAGACACAGAUGAACAAGAUGUAGGGCUCACCCUGGAGGGGCUUUCUUCUAGAAGGAGAGACAUUCACACUCUGACCCAGCUCUGUCCAAAUGUUAGUGGGGACCCAUUUCUCAGAUGAGGAACCCGAGGCUCAGAGAGAGGUGGCCAGCGGUCAGGGUCGCCCCGCAGAAGCGUGCGGAGGCAAGCGGGCUCGCUGGAGUCUGGGGUGAGGUGGGGUAAGCAGGCUCUUCCGGUGUGGGGGGUGGGGAGUGCAGCCUUGACCGGGGCGGGGGGCGCAGUGAGCAGCCAGGAGCACUCCCCACCCUGACUGUCCUCACCCGUGGUGGCAGGGAUGGGAAGCCCAAGGGAGGAGGGAGGUCAAGUUCUGGUCCGGAGGAAGAGGCAGACCGUGUGAGGUGGGCUGGGGGAGGAUUAGAGAAAACCGAGUCCGUUUUCCUGCUGCGGAGGGCGAGGUCUGAAGGAGGAAGGAUUCUGCCCCAAGUGACGCAGCAAAGAGGGCAGAGGAGGGACAAGAAGGUGGGGUCCUGCCCCCAGCCAGAGCCUCAUCUGCCUGCUCCACGGAGCCUCCUGGGGGGCCGCACAAACAAAGGGACCCUAUGGUCCCAAAGGUCCCACUGUAGGGCAGGCAGAGCCUGUCGGGAAAGAGGUCAGGGCAAGCGGGCUGGGCAUGUGGGGAGGAUUCCCAGGACGGGCAGGCGAGGAGUCCACUGUCUCCGGGCGAGCAGGGCGCAAGCGAGGUCAGGCCCCUGUCGCAGGGCUGGGGGGAGGCCUCUUCUCCUUUAGGGGGCUCAGCUGCCCCCCAGCAGUGAGGCUGCCUCACCCACCCCUGUGGGGCCUGCAUCCCUCUCUCCACUCCCGGGGAGGGCAAACCGGCUGACCCCUGCUUGGCCUGAGCUCUGGGCACCGCCUGAGGUCUGGGAGAACCUGCAGCUCUGGGGCUCACUCUGCCCUGCGGGGAAGAGGGUCCACACGCACACGCACACGCACAGACACACACUCACCCCGGACGCACACGGAGGCUCACGUACCUACUCACACUCCCGGGCACACGAGGCCUGAGGGCUGGGGGAGCAGGAAGGACCCUCCACCAUUUGGCCCUUGGAAGGUGCGGUUUGCCAGGAGCCUGUCUGCCGGUGCCCAACCCCCACCCCGACCCAGGGCCCCACGGGAGCCCAGCCCAGCUGGGUGUGGGCACCGGCCAUCGGCCAUUCCUGUUUUCCUUGUACAGACUCUCACUGCCCACCCGCCAUCCCCAGACACAUUUUAUUUAAUAACUUGUCAUUGUUAAAUUAUUUAUUAGCGUCUACCACAUCACUCCCCCCACCCUGCCCUCCACGCUCACCUUCUGCCUCUUCCCACAAAAGCAGAAAAUGGAAACACCAACAAAAGAUGAGACAUCAGUAUAUUUGUAAAUAAAUCAACCUGUA